CUCAUUGACAAUCCAAGACCAUUUUGUUUCUAUAGAUCAAAAUGAUCCAUGAUAAUUUGCAUGUGCUAGCUCAAAAGCACAAAUGCUAGUCCGUUAUAAUUAAUCUAAAUAUUCUGCAUUAUUUUGCCUACGGUCCCGGAUAGUCACCCAAUCAAAGACGUAGUCCAGACGGUUACGAGUAGAGCCUCGGGAUACCCACACAGACAUGGACUCAAAUUCGAUACAACCACCUCAUAUACCAAUCACUGUCUUCACUGGAUUUCUCGGCGCAGGAAAGACCUCCAUCAUUUUGUCGCUACUUCCGCUACUUCCAAAAGAUUAUAAAGUGGUUUUACUCAAGAAUGAGUUCGGAGACGUCCAAGUGGAUAGCCAGUUGGCGAAACAGUCCAGUUUGGCUGCUGUCAGUGAGAUUUUGAACGGGUGCAUGUGCUGCGUACUCGUCGGUCAGAUGGAAACAGCCCUUCUCGAGAUCCGAGACAAAUACCGCCCUGACCGAAUAAUCAUUGAAUGCUCAGGAUCCGCUUUUCCUGCCACACUGGCGUUCCAGAUCCGCGAGCUUGAGCGACAGACAAACAACGACCUUCGACUUGACGCGAUCGUCACCGUCAUCGAUGCCGAGAACUUCACGGGGUACGAAGAUACGUCUCCCACGGCCAAGAUGCAGGCAAGCUACUCGGAUAUCAUCCUUAUCAACAAGCACGAGCACGUCGAUGAACACGCCCUAGACAUACUGAUCGAUAAUCUUAAUACCUUGAAUCUCGACACUCCUAAGAUCAAAUGUAAUGGCCGUCACGGCGUUGACCCAAAUGUUCUCUUUGGCAUCGACUCCAAGCUCUUCAAAAAUUCAAUUCCCCAAGGUAUCGAAGAUCACCACGACGAAGUGAAGACACUCACGGCAUAUCGGGGAUUCCUGCCGACGUGCCACAGCCAUGAACACCACGACAGAGAAGCAUGUAUCUCGCGUACGGAGGUUGAUGUUGACAGGCGUAUGCUCGAGAGUGCACUCGCCUCUCUAAACAAGGAGAGCGUUUGGCGAGUCAAGGGAUUUGUCCGCUUAGAUUCUGCGAUUUGGAUCCUGAACUGGGCAUUUGGUCGGUAUGACCUCACAUUAUCGAAGGGAGAUAUAUCUUUUAUGCGAGAUGCGUCCAUAAGGCUCACCAUCAUGGGAGACAAAUACGAGUUGGAUCGCAAACCGAUUCCGGUGGCGGUCAAAAAGUUUUGUGCCGAUCUCCAGGCUCAAGUGAUGUAAUACAUAGAUUGAUUCAGAUUACGUAUGUCAUACCGCACGUGUUUAAUUGAAAUAUCCGACGAGGAGAUAAGAUUGGAG